AUGCGGAUUGCGUGCGAAGAUGUUCUCCUGGGAGCGUGGCUAUUGCUCGCGUCCGUCUCUGUGCCUGGCAAAGGGAUGUUGGCAGGUGCAGAAACCUGGCGGGAACAACCCGAGGUUUCGGCCUCCAGAGAGUCUGAAACCCAAGAAACAGUGCCGUUUGCAAGAGCCUUGGAUUUGAGAGGACCGGGGCUGAAGGUCGCCGCAAAUGAUCCAGAAGGACCAAGUCCUCAUGAGCACUUGGCUGGAGGAGAAGAAGAUGAUGAUGAUGAUGAGAAUUCCCGGAGGCCAUGGCCCAGAUCCAACUCCCAGGCUCGGCCCAACAGGGGCCCGGAAGAACCUGUGUGUAGGGUGAAACUGGACAGGAGAGGGGACCGGGCUCCCAACCACUUGGAGGUGGUGGGUCUCCUCACCAGCCACGAGAGUGGCUUCCUGAAGGCCCUGAGCAGAUCCACCUGGAGCGAUGGAGACCUGGAAGAGUUUGGGCUGUGCCCCCCGGACGUCCCUCACUCUCUUCUUUCUUCCCUGCAGCGCGUCGGCAGCUAUCUAGCCGACCCCGGGAGCAGCCGCUUUCUCCUUCUGCACCUGGAGGAAGUUCAAUGGAAGGCUGAGACGAAGCUGAGGUUUCAGCUGACCUUCCCAGAGGACGUGGAGCCACAAGUUGGCUCUCUGCAGCUGGCUUUCCUCAUCUUCUACCACGGGAGAAAGGAAGGUGCGACCACUAGCCCCAGGGAGAAGUUCCUCGUGGGAGGGGAAGGCCUCCAUCAAAAGCAGAUUAUCUGCCUCUCCGGGGCAACACGGUACCUCAUCCUCAAGGGCUCACUGGUGUCGAGAAGGAGUAUCCCAGGCCAGCUCAGCUUCCAAGUCUCCUUGGUCAUCCGGCGUCACAGCAAUAGGGAUGUGGCCCUUUCGCCCCAGGAGGCACAGGAUUUACUUUUUGGCUUUGAUGAAAAAUGUUUCACCCGCAUGACCCCGUCCGUGCUGCUGGUGGCCCAACAAAGGCCUGAGGGGGCUGCUGCCACGUCCUCUUCCUUCCUUGCUGCCAAAGGUGUGCUGGAUACAGCGCCAUACCUAAAGCCCAGCAGCUUGCCGGCCUUCGGCGUAGCCGAACCCCCUGUCAACACCACAACUGGCCACCAGAAUAUAUCGGCGCCAGCACCUCCCCUCAGCACCGGACAGUUCUUAGAGGCCCUCUCUCAGUUUGUCAAUCGGGUGUUGUGGCCGUUUGGGAAGCUGCCUCCCGCCGCCAGGUCGCGCCUCCAGUUGGACUUUGACACGGUGGAGGCCCUCCCACACUGGUCCUUCAACCUGUCGGAAGAGGUGGCCUUGGAGUGGCUGGUCAAGUCCGAGGACCACUUGGUGGUCCUCUUCCCCGAGGACAGCCAGGCCUUGAUGGAGCAAGACCUGGGCCAGCGGUACCUGGAGGGGAGGUUGCUAUGGCAACUGCUGGAGAAACUGAGCUCCGUCAUCCGGGAGCUGAAGGGCAUCCCGUCCUUCCAAACAAACGACGGCCUCUUCCAUCAUCUCCUCGCGUCCUGCUACUACCCUUCCGGGUCCACCUCAGGGACGGCCGGGGGCGACUCCAGGGCGACAGGCCCACAGGAGGGAACGAGUCGCCUGAGGAAGCUCCACAGCCUCUUGCUGCUGAAGGCCCUGCAGGCCGUGCGGGGGCACUGGUGGGAGUCGAGGAAGGCGCCGCGGGCAAACCGCAGCACCCAGCCGCAGGAGGACUACUGUCAACUGAGAGAGCUCAGGAUAGACCUGGUCUCCAUGGGCUACAUCAUUCUGCCCGAAUGGUACCACGCCAACAACUGCGUCGGGCCCUGCCGAAGCCCCCUGUCCACCCGUAUCACCGACUACUACAGCCACACUCUCUUCCUGCUGCGCAUGCACGAACAGGGCCUCCCGCUUCAGCGCGCCCCUUUCUGCGUCCCCGUGAAAUACUCCCAAAGCGUCAUUUUGACCUUCACUAACGACCAAGGGCUGAAAGUUAAGAUGUACCCCGAUAUGGUGGCUGAGGCAUGUGGCUGUCGGUGA